AGUUAUUAAGGUUCUUUGAAGUGGCACUGACAUGACUACUAGCAUGGCUGUUAGCUGUGAAAAAGCUGGCCAAUUAACACUUUGAGUCGUGAUGUUCGCGUUCUUCGUGCGUAACUUUGUCUGCGGGAUGACAACUUAAAAGACUUCUGCUCAUUUUGAGGGUUUGUUUGGGGCUGAGAGGAUUGUUUUUAUUUUGACGUGGACAUCCCCUCCGCGUCGGGCUACUGCUGGCGUUAAGGGAGGCGACAGCCUGCAAUGCCUGAGGGGAUGGAUCCUCUGGGUGCUCGCUCCCAGUUCGUGGACGUCCAGACCCUCGCCACCUGGCAGGAGGUGCUGGGCGAGGAUGGCCAGCAGAGUCCGCAGGACCUGAGCGACAGCCUUCUCAGCCAGCAGUCCUUCCCCUCGCCCUUCCCCUUCAGGCCGGACAUCAACCGCAAAAUCGUCCUCUUCACGGGCGACGUGGCGCUGUUGGGCUGCACGGCCAUCACCAACACCAGCAACGAGCUGCUGACGGACAAGAACCCCGUGUCCAGCCGCAUCCAUCAGCUGGCGGGACCCGAGCUGAGAGACGAGCUGGUGAAACUCAAAGGAUGCCGCACUGGCGAGGCCAAGCAGACCAAAGGCUUCAACCUGGCUGCGAGGUUCAUCAUCCACACGGUGGGACCAAAGUACAAAGCCAAGUACCGGACGGCGGCCGAAAGCUCGCUGUACAGCUGCUACAGGAACAUCCUGCAGUUGGCCUCGGAACAGUCGAUGGCGUCCGUCGGCCUCUGCGUGGUCAGCACGGCCAAACGAGGGUACCCUCUGGAGGACGCCACGCACAUCGCCUUCAGAACAGUGCGCAGGUUCCUGGAGAAGCACGGCAGCAGCAUGGAGGCGGUGGUGUUUGCCGUGUCCGACGCAGAGGAGCCCGUGUACAAGAAACUGCUUCCGCUGUACUACCCCCGCUCUGACCGGGAGGAGAGGGCGUGUCUGCCCCUCAUCCCGGCCAACAUCGGCAACUCCGAGGGCGAGCCGGUCGUGCCGGAGAGGCGGAUCCGCAUCGCCGAGAAACCGGGAAGCCUGGAAAACGAUUACGAGGAGGACAACCUGGACUCGGACCUGGGUCAGGUGGGAAACCACGCCUUCGCCCGCAUGGAGGGAGACGUGGACAAGCGGCGCAAGCUGAUCCUGCAGGGUCACAUGUCGGAGGCGGCCGUGCAGAAGCAGCACCAGAGGAACUACAACCGCUGGCUGUGUCGAGCCAGAGCAGAGGACCUGUCAGACAUCGCCGCUCUGAAAGCGUUAUAUCAGACAGGUGUGGAUAUGUGUGGCAGAACAGUGACGGUUGUGGUGGGAAGAAACAUUCCAGUGACUCUCAUCGACAUCGAGAAGGCCCUGCUGUACUUCAUCCACGUGAUGGACCACAUCACGGUCAAGGAGUACGUGAUGGUGUACUUCCACACGCUGACGGGGGAUCACAACCACCUGGACUCGGACUUCCUCAAGAACCUCUACGACAUCGUGGACGCCAAGUUUAAGAAGAAUCUAAAAGCCUUCUACAUUGUACAUCCCACAUUCCGCUCCAAGGUGUCCACGUGGUUCUUCACCACCUUCAGUGUGUCGGGCGUGAAGGAAAAAGUGCGUUACCUGGACAGCCUGCAGCAGCUCUUCACCUGCAUCAAGCCCGAGCAGAUCGACAUCCCGCCUUUCGUCCUGGAGCACGACGCACGGGUGAGAACGCCCAACAUGUAG